UUCUUCCCGGCUCCUCCGCCGUGCCGCCGCCGCCCCCGCCACCCCCUCCGUCGCCGGCUCUCCCCCGGAAUCGCCGCCACCGCCGACUCCCCCUCCUCCUCCGCCGGCGCCGGUUCGAGGCCCAGGGUCGUCGUCACCAGAGAACGCGGCAAGAACUCCAAGCUCGUCGACGCUCUGCACAAGCAUGGCAUCAGCUGUCUGGAGCUUCCUCUCAUUGAGCAUACAAAGGGGCCUGAUCUGGAUAAGCUUCCUUCAAUUUUGGCCGUAGAUGAUGGCUUUGAUUGGAUUGUGAUUACUUCCCCUGAAGCUGGUUCAGUCUUUCUGGAAGCAUGGAAGGCUGCUGGAACACCUGAUGUACAAGUAGGAGUGGUUGGAACUGGUACAGCUGGCAUCUUUGAUAAAGUAAUGCAGGGCGACGGAACACUAAAUGUUGCUUUUACACCAUCAAAAGCAACCGGCAAAGUCUUGGCUUCAGAGCUUCCAAGAAUCGGCAAUAAAAAAUGCAGAGUCUUGUAUCCCGCUUCCGCAAAAGCUAGCAGUGAAAUUGAAGAAGGCUUAUCAAAUCGUGGAUUUGAGGUUACAAGGUUAAACACGUAUUCCACGAUACCCGUUAGUCAUGUUGACGAGAUAAUUUUGAAGGAGGCACUUUGUGCACCUGUCGUUGCAGUGGCUUCACCUUCUGCAGUGCGUGCAUGGAUUAAUCUUAUUAGAGAGCCAGAGUCGUGGACUAAUUCAGUUGCAUGUAUUGGGGAGACUACUGCUUCGGCUGCCAAAAGGUUGGGCCUGAGGAAGGUCUUCUACCCUAAACAUCCUGGCCUGGAAGGGUGGGUGGCUAGCAUUCUCGAAGCCUUGAGAGAGAAUGACCAGUUGUAGGUGUUCUCGAUCGUUCAGGAUCUGAAAAAGAAGCUGCAGUACUUGGAAUGCGGGCAUUGGCUCAUUGGGAGAAUGUGGCUUCUGUGCUAUGCAGUUCCAAAUCAGCAACAAUUACGUUAAAAUCGCAAAAGCACUGAUGGUUUCAUGCCUUGGGAGCUCUUGGCCGAAUCCGACAGUUGGUGGCGGGAUUUUCCAGGUUAGGAGGAGAUGAGUUAAUUUUUUCUAUUGAAGCUCAUCUCUAGCUGUAAAGCCAACUUUUUGUACUCACUGUUAAUUCAUUGAUUCAACGUCGCGUGUUUGGUAGC